AUGCGUGACGUUGUCUUUGACUUCGACGGUACCGUUACCCAGCAAGACACUAUCAGCGUUCUCGCUCAAUUUGCCAUCUCCUCUCGCGGUUCCGCCUACUCUCAACAAGAGGCCUCCGAAAACUGGAAACGGGUAGUCGACCUAUACCUCGCCGACUACGCAAAACACAAAGAGUUAUACGUCCCCAAAGCCGAGGAUAGAAAACGAUUAGCGCAGGAGCUGGCGUACCUAGAGAGCUUGAAAACCGUUGAACUCUCUAGUGCGGAGAGAGUAGUUAAUACAGGGUUCUUUGCCAGGUUGACAAGUGAGCAGUGGGAACAAUUCGGGAGAGAGGCUCGACGGAUUGGCGAGGGGUGGAAUCCCGACAGGGACGGGGAUGAAGGGAAGGCAGUGAGGGUGAGAAAGGGAUUUUCGGAGUUUGUGCAACAAGCUAAGGCGAGGGGAGACAAAUUGGGGCUAGUGAGCGUGAACUGGUCCAGGGCGUUCGUUGAAGGAGUGAUAGAACCUGAAGAUCCGGACCGGAGUGUGUUCGUCAAGAGGGUUAACGAGAUCAAGUGGCCUGGCGGACAGCUAGAAGGACCGGAGGAGAUGGGCGGGAAAGUGAUGAUGACUGCUAAGGAUAAGCUUGAGGGGUUUGAGACGAUGCUGCUGAAAGAGGCAGCCGGGGAGAGCAAAAAGCGCGGAAGCGUGUACUUUGGCGAUUCGGUGACGGAUCUGGAGUGUUUGUUGAGAGCGGAUACAGGGAUCGUUGUGGUGAAUGAGGGUGAGGAGGAGCAGAGCACGUUAUUGGGAACCCUAAAGAAGUUGGGCUUUGAGGUGCCGCAUGUGUCGGAGGGUCGGGAAGGCAUAAAGUUGGCAUGGGCAAGAGAUUUCAAGGAGGUUUUAGGAACCAGUAUUUUGGACUGA